AACAUAUUCUUUCUUUAUAAAAAUAAAAAAUAAAUUUUGAUGAUACUCAUCUCUUUCUUCUGUUUCUCUCUAGAAAUGGUGAUAAAGUCAUCUUACCAUAUCUCUCUUUAACCCCAAAACCAAAAAUGAUAAAAUUUUUAUAGAUAGUCCCUCUCUGUCCCUACUCGCCGACUACCAUAAGAAGAAGAUUUAUCAUUUUUAUCAUUUAUCCCCCACACACAAAAGCAUAGAGAGAGAGAGAGAGAGAGAGAGAGAGAGAGAGAGAGAGGGAUAUUUAGAUCCACAGAAACAAAGGGUGUGUGUUUGUGUUUGUGUCUGUGUUUGUGGGUGUGUCUUUGGCUUGGUAUGAUGGAUAAAAGCUGUCAAUCCUCUGCAGACUCUACAACAACAACAACAAGUAGUAGCAGUACUACAACUAAUACUAAUACAAACCAAUACCUCAAACACCUCAACAAGCUUUCUCACAAGAUCUCCAAACCCAUCAUCAAAAAACCCCCUUUUGAUCAAACCCCAAAUCAAAACCUUAAUCCAAUUCCCAAUCCUAAUCCAAAUCCCCAACAAUCACAGCCACCACAGAUUCAACAACAGCAGCAACAACAAGCGCAGCAACAACAACAGCAGCAGCAGCAGCAGCAACAGCAACAGCAACAACAGCAGCAUCAACCACCAGUCUACAAUAUCAACAAGAACGACUUCAGGGACGUGGUUCAGAAACUCACGGGCUCACCGGCACACGAGCGCUUCUCAACUCCGCCGCCUAUUCAUGCGCCAAAGCCACCGAGCUCUCGCCUCCAGCGUAUUCGACCCCCGCCCCUGGCGCAACUUAGCAAUCGCCCACCUCCUUUGCUAAACAACGCUGCCUCCGCCGCUGUGGUCCCCAUUCCCAACAAUAACAACGGCGUUACGAAUUCCGGUGUCCACGUCAGCCACCUCCACCACCACAACAACAACUACGGACGCCCAGUAACGCCGUUAUCGCCUCUGCCGCCAUUCCCGACGGUGCACGCGACGGCGGAAUCGCCCAUCUCGGCUUACAUGCGGUACCUCCAGAACCCAAUCCCCGGCGUCGAUUCGAACCCUAAGCAAUUCUCGGGAUUCUCACCCUUGGCACCUCGAUUCUCGCCACGCUGGAACACCGUAACUCCGCCGCAACCGCAGCUUCAGCAUCAGUUUCCACCGCCGCCGCCGCAGCCGCAGCAACAUCAGGGGAUGCUUCCUCCUCCGCCUCCGGCGACGAUGGCUUCACAGUCACAGUCACAGUUUCUGAUGCCAACUUCACCGCUUCCAUUCGGGUGCUUGAAUUCACCGAGGUCACCGUACCCUUUGCUCUCCCCAAGUCUGCUCUUUUCGCCUUCGUCUGGCCAAUUAGGGUUUCCACAGCUUCCUCUUUCGCCUACAGUGCCAUUACCAAGCCCUAGAUGGAGAGCUCUCUGACUCAGGUAGGUAUUUCCUUUACAAAACAAAAAAACGGUGUCGUUUCAGGCUCAAAAAAAAAAAAAAAAAGUUCUUUUUAUACAAGGUAGUGGGGGUGUUUGGUGACAGAUUAUUCAAUUACUGGUGUUUGGAUAAGGAAAAAAAAAAAAUUUUGUCCACGCUGGUUAAUUUUAAAGGGUCUCUUUUGUGUAAAUUGGUUAAGAAAGACAUGUGAAAAAGGAAAGUUCUAGUUUUGUUCUUUACCUUUUUUAUUUUUUGUUGGAUAAUUUUGGCGAGGGAGCCUUAAAAAAGUUAGGGAAAUUAUAGAAUUAUUAUGGUUGGAUUUUGUUGUUGUAAUCAGGUUGUUAUUACUUGUGAAAAUUGUUUAUGAACUCAAA